GAAGAAACAAGUAAAAGGCUGAGGAAGAAGACGACUAUUAGUCCCCGUCGAACUUGUUUCUCCCGGUCGUCCAACAAAUGGCUCCGUCGGAGUUCCAACCGAGUCUCUGGGAAUCGGUUACGUCGCUGAUUAGGUCAGCCCAGGAGAAGAACGUGGAUCCGCUUCAUUGGGCUCUUCAGCUUCGCUUGACCCUCGCGUCUGCUGGAAUCUCCCUUCCCUCUCCGGACCUCGCUCAAUUCCUCGUCACCCACAUCUUCUGGGAAAAUCACUCUCCUCUUUCAUGGAAGCUUCUCGAAAAAGCUAUAUCCGUCAAUAUUGUCCCUCCCCUACUUGUCCUCGCCCUUCUCUCCCCAAGGGUAAUCCCAAACAGAAAGCUUCAUCCCGCAGCCUAUAGGCUCUAUAUGGAACUCCUCAAGAGACAUGCAUUCUCAUUCAUGCCUCUAAUCAGAGCACCAGGAUAUCACAAAACAAUGAAUUCCAUCGAUGAUAUCCUCCAUCUUUCUGAAACCUUUGGUGUCCAAGAUCAAGAACCGGGAAGUAUUCUCCUUGCAUUUGUCUUCUCCAUUGUCUGGGAGCUACUUGAUGCAUCCCUAGACGAGGAAGGGCUUUUAGAACUGACAUCUAAUAAGAGAUCUAAAUGGCCAAGCAGCCCACACGACAUGGAUUUAGACGGGCUGGAAAAUUCUGUGAAGAGAAAUGAAAACCAUGAUGCACUAGAGAAAGCAAACACUGAAAUGGCUAUCGAGCUAAUCCAAGAAUUUUUGCAGAAUAAAGUCACAUCGAGGAUUCUUCAUUUGGCAAGUCAAAACAUGGAGAGCAAGACCAUCCCUCGAGGAGAAUUUCAUGCGAUUGUCUCCUCUGGUUCUAAGUUAGCAUUGACCAGUGAUUCUGCACUUUGGUUGCCCAUUGAUCUUUUCUUCGAAGACAUAAUGGAUGGGACACAAGCUGCAGCAGCUAGCGCUGUUGAAAAUCUAACCGGUCUUGUAAAAGCAUUGCAAGCAGCUAAUAGUACAUCAUGGCAUGAUGCCUUUCUAGCUCUAUGGUUAGCAGCCUUACGCCUUGUGCAAAGGGAGAAUCUAUGUCUGCGUUAUUGCUUUUUCAUGCAUAUGUUGGAAAUAUUAUCUGAAGAAAGAGAUCCAAUCGAGGGUCCUGUGCCCCGCACCGACACUUUUCUUUGUGUAUUACUUUCUGUCACUCCACUUGCAGUUGCCAAUAUUAUCGAAGAAGAAGAAAGUCAGUGGAUUGAUCAAACUUCGUCUAGUCCAAGCAACCAGUGGAAAGAGAAAAAAGGAAAAUGUCGACAAGGAUUAAUUAAUAGCUUACAACAACUUGGUGAUUAUGAAAGCUUGUUGACACCACCUCGUUCUGUACAGUCCGUUGCCAAUCAAGCUGCUGCUAAAGCAAUUAUGUUCAUCUCCGGCAUUACAAAUAGUAAUGGAUCCUAUGAAAAUACAAGCAUGAGCGAAUCUGCAAGUGGCUGCUGUAAAGUGCGGUUUUCCUUGUUUACUCUAAAGAUGUUUGUUGUUAUGGGUGUGUAUCUGCUCUGUAACAUUUCUUGUUGGUCUCUAGUGAUGAAGGGUUCUCCUCUAACACCGUCAUUGACAAAUUCACUAAUCACAACUCCAGCUUCUAGCUUAGCAGAGAUUGAAAAGAUGUACGAGGUUGCAACUACUGGUUCAGAAGAUGAGAAGAUAGCCGUGGCUUCUAUUCUCUGUGGAGCAUCUCUGUUUCGUGGUUGGAGCAUACAGGAGCAUGUUAUUAUCUUCAUUGUAACUUUACUUUCGCCUCCGGCUCCAGCUGAUCUUUCUGGGAGUUAUAGCCAUCUAAUCAAUUCUGCGCCGUUUCUUAAUGUUCUUCUUGUCGGGAUAUCACCCAUAGAUUGUGUUCACAUUUUCUCAUUGCACGGGGUGGUCCCAUUACUUGCUGGUGCUUUGAUGCCAAUAUGUGAAGCGUUUGGCUCCGGCGUUCCAAACAUUACGUGGACUCUCCCGACUGGCGAAUUAAUCUCCUCUCAUGCUGUUUUCUCCACUGCAUUUACACUUCUUCUGAGGCUAUGGAGAUUUGAUCACCCACCACUAGAUUACGUCUUGGGAGAUGUUCCCCCGGUGGGCCCUCAACCCAGCCCUGAGUAUCUGUUGUUAGUAAGAAAUUGCCGUCUGGAAUGUUUUGGAAAGUCCCCAAAGGAUCGCAUGGCACGUCGAAGAUUUUCGAAAGUGAUAGAUAUCUCUGUGGAUCCCAUCUUCAUGGAUUCAUUCCCCAGACUGAAACAGUGGUACCGGCAGCAUCAGGAAUGUAUGGCUUCAAUUCUCUCUGAACUAAAGACAGGAAGCCCAGUGCAUCACAUUGUCGAUUCCCUCCUUAGCAUGAUGUUCAAGAAGGCAAACAAAGGUGGUAGUCAGUCACUGACCCCAUCUUCAGGGAGCAGUAGUUUAUCUACUUCUGGAGGUGAUGACUCGUCUGAUCAACUCAAGUUACCUGCAUGGGAUAUCUUGGAAGCGGCMCCGUUUGUGCUUGAUGCUGCUCUAACUGCUUGUGCUCAUGGAUCACUCUCUCCCCGGGAACUAGCAACAGGUCUUAAAAUCUUGGCUGAUUUUCUGCCGGCAACACUUGGAACCAUGGUUAGCUACUUUUCUUCGGAAGUAACACGAGGUCUGUGGAAGCCCGUUUCCAUGAACGGAACUGACUGGCCUAGUCCUGCUGCAAAUUUAGCAAGCGUUGAGCAACAGAUAGAGAAGAUCUUAGCAGCUACUGGCGUUGACGUACCAAGGCUUCCAGCAGAUGGAAUCUCUGCGGCUACACUUCCCUUGCCUCUCGCUGCACUAGUGAGCCUUACUAUAACCUACAAGCUUGACAAAGCAACAGAGCGCUUCCUUGUACUUGUAGGACCGGCCUUAGACUCCCUUGCUGCUGCUUGCCCCUGGCCCUGCAUGCCUAUUGUGACAUCGCUGUGGACCCAGAAAGUGAAGCGCUGGAGCGACUUUCUUAUCUUUUCAGCCUCCAGAACUGUGUUCCACCACAACAGAGAUGCUGUUAUUCAGCUCCUCAGAAGCUGCUUCACUUGCACCCUUGGUCUAACACCUACUUCCCAACUCUGCAGCUAUGGGGGAGUGGGUGCACUCCUUGGCCAUGGCUUUGGGUCCCGUUACUCUGGAGGAAUUUCCACAGCUGCCCCAGGAAUCUUGUACAUAAAAGUGCACAGAUCGAUCAGAGAUGUCAUGUUCCUGACAGAAGAAAUCCUGUCUCUUCUGAUGUUCUCUGUGAAGAGCAUUGCCACGAGGGAGCUACCAGCAGGGCAAGCAGAGAAAUUGAAGAAAACGAAAGAUGGGUCGAGGUACGGGAUUGGGCAGGUUUCACUUUCUUUAGCAAUGAGACGUGUCAAGCUGGCAGCUUCCCUGGGAGCCUCUCUGGUGUGGAUCUCCGGUGGCCUAAACCUGGUUCAGGCACUGAUCAAGGAGACAUUACCGUCUUGGUUCAUCUCGGUUCACGGAGAAGAAGAUGAGUUGGGAGGUAUGGUUCCGAUGCUAAGAGGCUAUGCUUUAGCCUACUUUGCAAUCCUGAGCAGUGCAUUUGCCUGGGGAGUGGACUCCUCAUAUCCUGCAUCAAAACGUCGGCCAAGGGUUCUGUGGCUGCAUUUGGAGUUUAUGGUGAGUGCCUUGGAAGGGAAGAUAUCACUGGGCUGUGAUUGGGCGACAUGGCAAGCUUACGUGACAGGCUUUGUGAGCCUGAUGGUGCAAUGCACGCCGGCUUGGGUGCUAGAGGUGGAUGUUGAAGUAAUAAAGAGACUAAGCAAAAGUCUGAGGCAGUGGAACGAGCAAGACUUGGCUCUGGCUCUGCUUUGUGCCGGCGGCCUUGGGACAAUGGGUGCAGCUACAGAACUCAUUGUGGAGACUUGCCAUCAACAUUAGCUUGACGUCUUUCAACUUUCUUUUCUCGACUAAUCUAAACUGUGAUCAUGAUCACUUUUGUUCCUGAGAUUAGCUCUCUCUUUUUUUUUUUUGUUUGUCUAUAUUGUAUAUUAUAUUUAUUAUUUAGAGCAACAUGAUUCGCUAUGUGUCACAGACACUGACUGGGGAAACAACAUUAGAUUAUGAAAGGAAAUGAAGCCAAGAUUUUUCAGAUUUC